UGUGUGUGUGAAAUGCACAAAUUGAUAAGCAAUUUGAUUCAAUUUAAUCUUGUUUAAGUCUGAUGAAUAUCAGCGCAAGCAGCCCAACACAAAAUUAUAAAUAAAAAGUUACGAAUUUAUAUAAAUAGAAUACCCUUGAGUGAUUUUGUUAGUCGCAUAAAAUUAAUUCAAUACAUAUUUGUGUUCCGCAUUUUUUGAAAAUAUAACGAAGUUCUGGCCAACGAGAGCAACAACAAAAAGCGGUCUUGUUUGUUUUUCAAGCUCAACGAAAAAAAGAAGAAAAGAAAUCUGCUCUCAGUCAGCUGUUUUAAAGCAGCCGCCUAAGUGCGAGUGAGAUAGCUGCCUGCGCGCCAAAAUAAAGCAACAACAAAAGUGGAACAGUGGUUCAAAACCUAGCUAAAAAUAAAAAAAAUCCAUUUAUUUUUGUAGCAAAAAUAUAAAAUAAAAGCAAAUUAAGCGAAUUAUACAUAUAUUUGUUAAGUUUUUUAAAUCGUUUACUUUUAAUACGCGUGUGUCCUAAUAAGUGAAGAUUAUUAAGAAUAAAGUAAAAAAUGAGUGAUGAUACGAGCGCUUCGGGCGGGACAAGUGCCCCUUUUCCAUCGCCAGUUACUGCGGACCCGGAACCAGGAGCCACUGCCUCCAAAUUACCGGGUCCCAUCAGAUCCAAUAUUCCCACGCCCGCUACUUCUGGUACCGGAAUCCCGCAGCCCAGCAAAAUGAAGGCACCAUCUAGUUUUGGAUCGACGGGUUCUGUUUCCAAAAUCGGAAGACCGUGCUGCAAUCACACAACUCCCAAAUCCGGUCCACCACCAAGAGAAGCCACCAGCAUGAGUCGUGAAAGCGAUGACAAUUUAAGUUCGAUCAAUUCGGCUUAUACAGAUAACAGCAGCGCCGUGCUGACAGCAAACACAGAGCAGUUCAUCAUUGGACAGCGGGUUUGGCUGGGUGGCACUCGUCCCGGACAGAUUGCCUUCAUUGGAGACACACACUUUGCUGCUGGCGAAUGGGCGGGUGUUGUCCUUGACGAGCCUAAUGGUAAAAACGAUGGCUGUGUGUCGGGCAAAAGGUACUUCCAGUGCGAGCCGAAACGAGGCAUUUUCUCACGCCUCACACGUCUUACCACAUAUCCCUUGGCCGGAGCCCAGACUCCGACCUCUCCAUUGGCCAAAAGCUCCCCAGACAGAUCGCGCACAGUUUCUCCAACUGCGAGUAUUCGCAGCUCUAUGCUUCGCAGUCCCGGCAUUGGAGGCAAGAAUGGAAUGGCUGUGGGCGAUCGUGUGAUUGUCUCUUCUGGAUUUGGUAGUCGUCCUGGUAUCUUACGCUAUUUGGGAGAGACACAGUUUGCUCCCGGCAACUGGUGCGGUGUGGAAUUGGAUGAGCCUAGCGGCAAAAACGAUGGAACUGUCGAUGAUAUCAGAUACUUUGAGUGCAAGCCCAAGUACGGGGUGUUUGUACCUAUUGCGAAGGUUUCACUGUCGCCGUCGUCCAAGAAAACGCGUCUUUCCAGGACCGGAUCAAGGGAGUCGCUCACCUCGAUUGGCACCAUGAACAGCAUCGCCACCACGGCCACGUCGCGCAUGCGCAUGAAUGCUCAGCAGCGCAAGUCGAGCACGCCCGUUAAGCCAAUUUUAGCGACGCCGAAAAGCCAAUUUUCCAUGCAGGAUCUGCUGCGCGAGAAGCAACAACAUGUGGAGAAGCUGAUGGUGGAGCGCGACCUGGACCGCGAGGAUGCCCAGAACCAGGCGCUGCAGCUGCAGAAGAACAUCAACGAGGUAAUUAUCUUCACCGACACCAUGUACGCACCGCUGCCCUAUGCGGACAGAUCGCGACCCUAUCGACCCUCCAAGAAGUCGAGGGUUAAGGUUCCACAGCAACAACACAUUUGGGUGCCCACCACCCUGAGCAGCAGCAUUACCACCAGUACCAGUACUAGACCAACCAUAGCAGCAGCAACAGCAGCAGCAGCAGCAGCAGCAGCAUGCAACAGACAGCCCCUGCAGCAGCAGCAACAGCCGCAUCUGCAUCAGAAGCAGCAGCAGGCCAAGCCAAAGAAAGUUUGGUUUUGCGAUAAAAAGAAACUCUUUCCACUAAAAGCAAGAAUCGUUGAAUUGGAGUCGGCAUUGGACAAUGAACGAAAGAAAACUGAAGAAUUGCAGUGCUCCAUAGACGAAGCCCAGUUUUGUGGCGAUGAAUUGAAUGCUCAGUCACAGGUUUACAAGGAAAAAAUCCAUGAUCUGGAGUCAAAAAUCACAAAACUGGUGUCCGCCACGCCAAGCCUACAAAGUAUACUACCGCCCGAUCUACCUUCAGACGAUGGUGCUUUGCAGGAGGAAAUCGCCAAGCUGCAGGAAAAGAUGACCAUUCAGCAGAAGGAGGUUGAAUCUCGGAUUGCGGAACAGCUGGAGGAGGAGCAGCGGUUGAGGGAAAAUGUAAAGUACCUUAAUGAGCAAAUCGCCACUCUACAGUCCGAGUUGGUGUCCAAAGAUGAGGCCCUGGAGAAAUUCUCCCUCUCGGAAUGUGGCAUCGAGAAUCUCCGAAGGGAACUCGAACUUCUCAAGGAGGAGAACGAAAAGCAAGCUCAGGAGGCUCAGGCUGAGUUCACCCGAAAACUAGCCGAAAAAUCCGUAGAGGUGUUAAGAUUAAGCUCUGAAUUGCAAAACUUGAAGGCAACAUCCGAUUCCCUGGAAAGCGAAAGGGUUAACAAAACCGACGAAUGUGAAAUUCUUCAAACCGAAGUACGAAUGCGGGAUGAGCAAAUCAGAGAGCUAAACCAACAACUCGAUGAGGUUACCACACAACUAAAUGUACAAAAAGCGGAUAGUUCUGCUCUGGAUGAUAUGCUUCGAUUGCAAAAGGAGGGUACUGAAGAAAAAUCUACUCUUUUAGAGAAAACCGAAAAGGAGCUAGUUCAAAGCAAAGAACAAGCUGCGAAAACUCUAAAUGAUAAGGAACAACUUGAAAAACAGAUAUCAGAUUUAAAGCAAUUGGCGGAACAAGAAAAACUAGUCAGGGAAAUGACUGAAAAUGCAAUCAAUCAAAUACAACUAGAAAAAGAAUCCAUAGAACAGCAAUUGGCUUUAAAACAAAACGAACUUGAGGACUUCCAAAAGAAACAGUCAGAAUCGGAAGUUCAUCUUCAGGAAAUCAAAGCUCAGAACACGCAGAAGGAUUUUGAAUUAGUUGAAUCUGGUGAGUCCCUUAAAAAACUGCAACAGCAAUUGGAGCAGAAAACUUUGGGUCAUGAAAAACUGCAAGCUGCUUUGGAAGAACUAAAGAAAGAAAAGGAAACGAUCAUAAAGGAAAAGGAGCAGGAGCUCCAGCAGCUCCAAAGCAAGUCAGCUGAAUCCGAAAGUGCUUUAAAAGUCGUACAAGUACAACUAGAGCAACUCCAGCAACAGGCUGCCGCAUCUGGAGAAGAGGGAUCCAAAACUGUGGCCAAAUUGCACGAUGAGAUUAGUCAGCUUAAGUCCCAAGCUGAAGAAACUCAGUCCGAGUUAAAAUCCACCCAAUCCAACUUGGAAGCCAAAAGCAAACAAUUGGAGGCAGCAAAUGGCAGCCUAGAAGAGGAAGCCAAGAAGUCAGGCCAUCUGCUGGAACAGAUUACCAAACUUAAAUCUGAAGUAGGGGAGACGCAGGCAGCUCUCAGUUCAUGUCAUACGGAUGUGGAAUCCAAAACUAAGCAACUUGAAGCCGCAAAUGCAGCUCUGGAGAAGGUCAACAAGGAAUACGCGGAAUCCCGAGCGGAGGCUUCUGAUCUGCAAGAUAAGGUGAAGGAGAUCACCGAUACGCUACAUGCUGAGCUUCAAGCUGAACGAUCGUCCUCCAGUGCUCUCCAUACUAAGCUGUCCAAGUUCUCGGAUGAAAUAGCUACCGGCCACAAGGAACUGACCAGCAAAGCCGAUGCCUGGAGCCAGGAGAUGCUGCAAAAAGAGAAGGAACUACAGGAGCUGCGACAGCAACUUCAAGAUAGUCAAGACUCUCAAACAAAGCUGAAAGCAGAGGGAGAGCGGAAAGAAAAGUCUUUCGAGGAAUCUAUAAAGAAUCUUCAGGAAGAAGUCACUAAGGCCAAGACGGAGAAUCUAGAGCUAAGCACUGGCACACAGACGACCAUAAAGGACCUGCAGGAGCGACUGGAAAUCACCAAUGCUGAGCUCCAGCACAAGGAAAAAAUGGCAAGCGAAGAUGCGCAGAAGAUUGCCGACCUUAAGACCCUUGUGGAAGCCAUCCAGGUGGCUAAUGCCAAUAUAUCAGCUACAAAUGCGGAGCUCUCCACUGUAUUGGAAGUUCUUCAGGCGGAGAAGAGUGAAACAAAUCACAUAUUCGAGCUCUUUGAAAUGGAAGCCGAUAUGAACUCAGAGCGGUUGAUCGAAAAAGUUACUGGGAUUAAGGAGGAACUAAAGGAAACCCAUCUGCAACUGGAUGAGCGACAGAAAAAGUUCGAGGAGUUGGAGGAGAAAUUGAAGCAAGCUCAGCAAAGUGAACAAAAGUUGCAACAGGAGUCUCAGACUUCCAAGGAGAAACUUACGGAAAUACAACAAUCCUUGCAAGAACUCCAAGAUUCUGUAAAGCAAAAGGAAGAACUUGUCCAGAACUUGGAAGAAAAGGUUAGGGAAAGCAGUUCCAUCAUAGAAGCGCAGAACACGAAACUAAAUGAAAGCAAUGUUCAGUUGGAAAACAAAACUUCUUGUUUAAAGGAAACCCAAGAUCAAUUGCUAGAGUCACAGAAGAAGGAGAAACAAUUGCAGGAAGAGGCUGCCAAACUUUCCGGUGAGCUGCAGCAAGUGCAAGAGGCCAAUGGAGACAUAAAGGAUUCCCUAGUAAAAGUAGAGGAACUAGUAAAGGUGUUGGAGGAAAAACUCCAAGCAGCCACCUCCCAGUUGGAUGCCCAACAAGCCACAAAUAAGGAACUCCAGGAGUUGCUGGUUAAAUCUCAAGAAAACGAGGGAAAUCUGCAAGGAGAAUCUUUGGCAGUCACUGAGAAACUACAACAACUGGAGCAAGCAAAUGGGGAGCUUAAGGAGGCUCUGUGUCAAAAAGAGAAUGGCCUUAAAGAACUUCAGGGCAAACUUGAUGAAAGUAAUACUGUAUUAGAAAGUCAAAAGAAGAGCCACAACGAAAUUCAGGAUAAGUUAGAACAGGCCCAGCAAAAGGAGAGGACUCUUCAAGAGGAAACAUCCAAGUUGGCGGAGCAACUGAGCCAAUUAAAGCAGGCUAAUGAAGAGCUCCAGAAAUCCCUUCAGCAAAAGCAGUUACUUUUGGAAAAGGGUAAUGAAUUCGACACCCAGCUGGCAGAAUAUCAGAAAGUCAUUGAUGAGAUGGAUGAUGCGGCUUCCGUUAAAUCCGCGCUGCUGGAACAGCUACAAAAUAGAGUUGCGGAACUGGAGACCGCACUCCGUCAAGCCAACGAUGCCCAAAAGACUGCUUAUCUGGAGACUAAGGAACUGAGGCGCCAGCUGGAAUCGCUGGAACUGGAGAAGUCGAGGGAGGUUCUGAGCCUAAAGGCUCAGAUGAAUGGUGCGAGCAGUAGGUCCGGAAAGGGUGAUGAAGUGGAGUCACUGGACAUCGAAACCAGUCUUGCCAAGAUUAACUUCCUGAACUCAAUUAUUGCUGACAUGCAGCAGAAGAAUGAUGCACUCAAGGCAAAGGUGCAGACCCUUGAAACCUUGCCAAUGGAUUUCACCAAACCUCAUGCCUUCGAUGCCCUGACAAAGCGGAAACCGGCUCCCAGACUUUUCUGCGACAUCUGCGAUGAGUUUGAUCAGCACGAUACGGAGGAUUGUCCAAUCCAGGGAAGCGAAGAUCAAGACUACUCCACACCGUCAUCCGAGUCCAACAACAACGAGAAGGAGCGGAAGCUGCCGGCACCCAGGAAAUACUGUGAUUCCUGCGAGGUUUUUGGCCACGAUACGAGCGAAUGUGCCGAUGAUGAAACCUAUUAGUUAGCUCUAGUUAAAUUCUAUUAUUUCCAUUUUACUUUGUUUUAGACUCUAUAGCAUAACCAUAUUGCGAGAUCUAUCAGAUGAGAUACUUUUACCUCAGCAGAGCUUCACUCAAUCACACAAAGAAAUUUCUCUACUUAAAAUUGUGAUCUUGCGUUAUGCACACAUCCAUGGAUAGUAGUCUAUUUUAAAUUGUUUUUAUUUAUUGAAUGCGAUUCGUGGCAAACACACAAUCGGUUGUUUUCGUAAUUUUUGAGUGUAAACAUAGUGUAAAAAAUAAAAUCAAGAACGUG